GUGGCCACGAUGCGCCUGCGCAGUGGCGCAGGCUCGCCCUGUGUGGUUCCCGCCAAUUCUUGCGGUAGUCCUCCGAGGGUUGAAUUCUGCGUUCCAUGGAGGCGUUUGACCCUGCCGAGCUGCCCGAGCUGCUUAAGCUUUAUUACCGAAGGCUCUUUCCCUACGGCCAAUACUAUCGCUGGCUCAACUAUGGCGGAGUGGUAAAGAAUUACUUUCAGCACCGUGAAUUUUCAUUCACAUUGAAAGAUGAUAUUUACAUUCGCUACCAAUCCUUCAACAACCAAAGUGAGCUGGAAAAGGAGAUGCAGAAAAUGAAUCCAUACAAGAUUGAUAUUGGCGCAGUAUAUUCCCACAGACCCAACCAACACAAUACAGUGAAGCUGGGAGCUUUCCAGGCUCAGGAGAAAGAACUGGUGUUUGACAUUGACAUGACAGACUAUGACGAUGUGAGGAGAUGUUGCAGUUCUGCAGACAUAUGCUCCAAGUGCUGGACCCUCAUGACGAUGGCCAUACGUAUCAUCGACCGAGCGCUGAAAGAGGACUUUGGAUUUAAACAUCGUCUCUGGGUAUAUUCUGGAAGGAGAGGUGUUCAUUGUUGGGUCUGUGAUGAAUCAGUUAGAAAACUGUCCUCUGCAGUACGUUCUGGGAUAGUUGAAUAUUUGAGUCUUGUAAAGGGUGGUCAAGAUGUUAAAAAGAAAGUUCACCUAAGUGAAAAAAUUCACCCUUUUGUCAGGUCUGUUGGGGAAGACUCCAUGAAGUUUAAGUUGUGUCUGAUUUACCUAAAAUCUAUAAACAUAAUAAAAAAAUACUUUGAACAAUAUGCCUUAGUUGAUCAAGAUAUUCUUGAGAAUAAAGAAAGCUGGGAUAAAAUUUUAGCCCUUGUUCCUGAAACAAUGCGUGAUGAACUUCAACAAGGCUUCCAAAGGCAUAGCAAUUCACUUCAGCGUUGGGAGAAUUUGAAGAACACCAUCAACAAAUUUCAGAAAAACAACAAAAAUGACAAAUGUGGACCCUGGCUUGAGUGGGAGAUCAUGCUCCAGUAUUGCUUUCCACGACUGGAUAUCAAUGUUAGCAAAGGAAUCAAUCAUUUACUGAAGAGCCCUUUUAGUGUUCAUCCUAAAACAGGUCGCAUUUCUGUGCCUAUUGACUUACAGAAAGUGGAUCAGUUUGAUCCACUCACUGUUCCAACCAUAAGUUCCAUUUGCCAUGAAUUGGAUGUUAUUUCUAUUAAAGAAGAAAAAGAGAAGGGAGCUGAAUCUGAUAUUAAACCCAGAACCAGAGAUUAUAAGAAGACCAGUCUAGCUCCUUUUGUAAAAGUUUUCGAGCAGUUUCUUGAAAACCUGGAUAAAUCCCGAAAAGGAGAACUUCUCAAGAAGAGUGAUUUACAAAAAGACUUCUGAAGAUAACAAACAACUCCUUUUAUAUGAAUAUGGAUUAUCUUCUACCUUCAACCAAGAAUCAAAUACUUCAAGAGCCAUUUAAUAAACGUAGCAGAACUGUGUAUGUGUCUUAAUGCUCGAAGCAAAAUUUCCUUUUCUUGAGAAAUAAUUAUGUUGAAAAGAUUCAGGAAACCACCAAAGGAGAAUGUUCAGAUUCCUGGAAGGAGCAAUACUGGGAGGAUAUAAGUGAAUGCAGAUUAAUCUGUAAGAUUUAAUAUUAUAAUGCUAAGAUUACUGAUACAGGCACUAACUUCUAGUAGUUGCCAUAUAUAGAAGUAAGUGAGUAGUAAUAUGACCAAGACUUUAACGUCAGCUCACCAGAUCCAGCCUCCAUAUUUCUAGGUGUAUGAAGGUUUUGUUCUUAAUUAACACUUGAUUAAUUAUACCUGGAGCAUGUAUUCAGUAACUUCCUCAUUUUGUUUACUGAUAUUUUUAUUGGUCAGGCCAUACCCCACUCCCUGUCUUUUAAAAAAUCAUUUUAAAAUGGGCAUCCAAACCUACAAUAACUUUACUUCAAAAGAUAUGACUUAAUACUGUUACAAUAUUAGAGUCAAAUAGAGUAUUUUUUAUAACUGUUGGCAAUUGUAGCUCCUAACUUCUUCCCUCAGAGAAUAAUUUUCUAAGCAAUUUAGAAAAAAUAAACCACUUCACCAGCAUAAACUUUUAUACUUGUCAAAACACUUGGACUUUGUAUAUCUCUAGACACUUAAAUUUAAUUUUAAAGGUUUCAUUUCUUCCAUAUUUGAUUUCAUGUGAUAGAUUCUGAAAUGUCAGAUUUCUUUUGCCUGGUUUUACAGCCAGUCUAAAAACAAAACAGUCAUUCUAGUUUACAUUGUCUUUUGAGAAACAUUGAGAAGCAGGCUUUCAGGCUGGUGCUUUCCAUGGGGUAUGAAAAUUUUCCUUUGCAUUACCUAUAACAUUGUUUUCACCAUAGCCACAGUCUUUUUUUUUUUUCUUUUGUCUUUUGACUUAAAUAAAACAGAUUGUGUAAUACAGUCAACACACUGAAA